CGGAAGCAGGAAGCCCGGAGUGCCGCGGCUGCACUCGCUCGGAGGGGCCUCUCGGGUCCAUGUUGAAUCCAGGCGACACGACACGACCCGCCCGGGCGGUUCAUGGGGUGAGGAGGCGUUUGCGCUGUCGACGAGCGGAAGAGACACCGCCAGGCUUGGACUGAGGGUGUCGCUGGGGAUUUUUCAUCAGAGGACAUGGAGCUUUCGACUAGUGAACUCAGCAUUUAUGAUAAACUUUCAGAGACUAUUGACUUGGUGAGACAGACAGGUCACCAGUGUGGUAUGUCUGAAAAGGCCAUUGAGAAAUUCAUCAAACAACUCUUAGAAAAAAAUGAACCACAAAGGGGACCCCCGCGCUUUCCUCUAUUAAUGGUUCUCUAUAAGGGAUUGGUUACCCUGGGCGUAGUUUUACUAACAGCAUACUUCAUGAUCCAGCCAUAUACGCUUUCACCAUCUGAAAACACACUCACCAAAAACCAUCCAUUGGGUUCCCUUUUUCAUCAUAUCCGGUUGCUGCCAUUACCCAUUACCAAGAAAUAUAUGCUGGAGAAAUGUCCAGAGUGGUGGAGCUUAGACUGUAGGUGGAAUAUGUCUCUAACUUCCAAGUGUUCUUGCUGCUGCUCCAUGAGAACUCUUGUUGCUCCAGUUGAUGUCAGGCAGCUAACGGACGUCAGGCAGCUGCAAGGGCAGCCUCUCUUGAUCAAGACAGGACAGUAUCGUUCUUAUGCUGAAAUGAAACAUUUUCAGUCCCUCUACCCGGAAUUGACAAAUUUUGUGAUACAAGAGGAGUCAGCUGAGUUGUGGAGCAGCCCUUCCAACAAGCAGCAAUCUCCACUUCCUGUUUUCUGGCAAAUCCCUCAGAAUAAAUCUCAGAUUCUGCAAGAGAUUUUUCCCAUCUUCUCUUCACUGCUGUUUCCAAAGGACAUUUCUCUAAAAAGCUGUUUCCUCAUCCACCAUCCAAGGCUUCAAGAUAAGACAUACCGAUUGCAGAACACCUUUGUGGUAGGAAGUGGUCGACUCAACUUAUAUGUUAUUCCAUCUCUCUUGUGCAGAGAAUACUGCAAGACAUUGAUGAUAGAGCUGGAAGCUGGAGAUAUUGGUUUUACAAAUGUAAAUUAUUGGACAACAAGUUUUAACUCCAGAGGAUCUGAACCCGUUGUCGUUUGUGAUGGAUCUGCCAGUUGAAAACUCAGUGUGUAAGACUUCAAUAUCACAAAAGAUAUGAUUCCCAGUGAUGUUUUCCCUUCUGAUCUGCAAUGAAGAAAGCUGUGUACUUUUAAAAGAACAUUUUAUUCAAGGUCACUGGCUUGCCUUUUAGAUGUUUUGGUAUAAACUGGAAAACCUCUUUUCUCUAGCCUUUUGUAGAGUUAUUCUUGAAAGCUGACUGAUGGAUUUUGUGCUGAGGGGGGGAAGUUCUGUGAAGUACUCUUUGUGGACAUUGUUCCUUUUGACACUGCAGAAGGAGUUGUCUCAAAAGAUUUCUUUCCAGACAUCCUGGAAGAUGUAACGUCAGAGUUGCCAGUGAAUCUGUCUCUGGAUCAUUGCUUUAAAAGAGCAAACUACUAAAAUAUCGGAUAGGCUGAGAAAUGAAAACUGUCUCUUGAGAAAAGCAUUUGAUCAGGUUCUUCUAUGUUACAGUUUGCAUGAGGAAUUUGAUCCACAGCUGCAUUUUUCUUUCUUUCACUGUAUUGUGAUGACACAUCUUCUGAAGAUUCUUUCCAGUGAAAAAAAUCCUGUCUUUCUACCUAAGAACACAGCGUGACUUUUUGUACUCAUCACCAAACUGUGUGGCUGAGGUGGGGUUCUUAUGCUUGACAGAGAAAAGCAUCCCGCAAAUAUAUUUUUCCAUCUCUUUUCGUGAAUGCUGAAAUAUGUGUUCUUGACAUUUUUCCCUGGACUAUGUCAGUAGGACACCAAAUCCACCCCCCCCCCCAAUGAGUAAUAAGAGCCAAAUUUGUUAGAGCAAUGAUUUGGUGAGCAUCCUCUUCUGAAAAUUAAGCCUUUGGAGAGGGUCUGAGUUGGACAUUCCAAAUUAGUUACCAUUUUAAUUUGUUAUCAUGGUUGAAUUGAGCUUGGGAAAGUAUUUCUUGAAAGCAUUUUCUAAAAUUUUGGUUUGAAUGCCUCCGGAUCUUUUUAAAACCGAGAUGGAUAGUUUGCGGGCAGAGUUGCAGUGUGGAAUGUUUAAUGUGUGCCAUGAAUAUGUUUGCCAUUCUCUACAAGCAUUAAUUGCAUUUUCUCUUUCAUUAGCAUUGUCAAUGUUUGAUCCUUGAUUGCCUUCCUGGGUUUUUGCAUUUUCUCAUGGUUCUUGUGAACUCAUCUAUCUAAUAUCUUUAGAGGGGAUUAUUUUCCAGCACUGGAAAAUAGAGGUGUUUCCCUUGAGUGAAUCUUUAGGUUCCUGUUGUGCUAAGAUAAUUUGCAGAUGUGUCAGGCUGAAGCUGGGCCAGCAGUGAGGCUAGUGUGAAUAUUUGUACAAGUUUAUAUGCUUUGGGAGAAUCUUUUAUUAAAAUGUAAUAAAAUGAGAAGCAGAAUUGCAUUAAUUUGUAAAGAAAACAGUUUUAAACACUGGACUAGAAUAAUAUCUUUGUUUUUAGAAUCUUUGGAUUAAUUAUUAAUUGUUCAGCAGAGUAACAGAUAAAGGAGCCUGUUAGAAUCCUGAUCCCAUUCUCAUGGCACAGUGUAAAUAGACACAUUUUGUUUAUUUCCUUCUGUUUUUCAAACAUGCAUAACUAAUUGGGGUAUUGAGGGACUAAAUUGUGAUAAUGAAAUUAGCUUUAUGGAUGCUUAAAGGAUUUGCGAAAACGUAAAUGGUAGGACUAUGAAAUUUUAGAAGGUGGGAACUUAAUCUUAAUCACUGAUGUUUAACUGCAUACUUAAGUAUUUUUUAUCUUUUAAAAAACAAAUUUCACACAUUAUAAUGUCACUUUAGGUUUGUAUAGAAAAAAGUAACCUUUGUAAUCUGGGCGAAGUAUUUUACUAAAAGUGCAUGCAUGCGUGAUAAUAGUUAUAGAAGUGGCAAAUGUGUUGUUUGGUUUUUCAUUAAUAUUUUCUAUAUAAUUUUAUAUGAGAAUAAAUCCCAUUAAGUUUAAUGGCACUUGCUUCUCAGAAGCAUGUAUAGGUAAUAGAUGAAAAACCUAACUGUAUAUAAAUAUCCUAAGUGGAAUUUCUGACUUGAUAUUGCUAUACUUUGAGUGGGUUUUUUUUUAAUGAAAAAGCUAGAAGGUUUCUAAAUUCUUUUUCAUUCAUUCUUUUACCAAGGUUAAAUAUAGACCUAUCUAUCCAGAGAAUACUGCUCACUUUGAAGUGCAUGUGGUCAUAUUUUUAAUUUUUAUACAAAUAAUUUAAAAGGAAAAAAAAUCCAAAGCAUUUCGGAUGACAAAGACCACUUAAAUCUACAAAGUGAUAGAAAGUUGUUUCUUCUUUGGUAGUGAAAUAUGUAGGUAUAUUUAACAGAUUUAGGUCGGUGAUGCUCACUGUUUAAUAAUGUGCUGGAGGGCAGAAAAUUGAUGUCAGUCUAAGGGUGUCUGGAUAACAAUUUUUUAAAAGUACAAAUAUUUCCAUAAAAUUGUUUGUUUUUCUCUCUCUCUCAAAUACAAACCGAGAUGUUGUUAGCAUGUUGGACAGUGGAUAAUGAAUCUAUCCUACUUUUGGACUCUGGUUUUCCACGUGCACUUUUCGUCUUUGUGUUGGCUUUCAGAUCUGGGUUUAGGAGGUGCUGUGCAUACAUCCAAGUCUCAUUCCCUCCGGAGUUUACAUCAUUUGUUUUCAAACUUCCAGUACAUUUUCUCCUCCUUUUCUACAAGCUGCAAGGAAUUAAAAGCAGAAGUAAUUGCUCAAGAGGAAUCCGAGAUCCAAGUUCUCUGCUUUUUAGCUGAUUAAGAGCAUUUACUUAGAUAAGACCCUCAGUUGUUUCAUUUGGAAUGCAUGCUACUAUUGGAAGGCACCAGGCAGGCAAAGACUGCCACAGAGCAUAUGGGAAUGAAUGAAUACAUACUGUUGCUAUGUUUUCAUAGCAACUUUUGCCACCCUGUUGCAUGAUAUGGAUAGAUUAUUAUUUUUAUUUUGGCAGAAAAGGCUUUAGAUUUCCUGUCCGGUAUUCACUGUAUAUGUUGGUCAGUCUGUUCUUUGCUUCUUUUGGAGAAAAAACCUAGCUGCUCUGUUGUGCUGUAACCAUAUCUAUGGAUACUUGGUGUUCAGGUCACUGCGAUUUUCCUCCUAGAUUUCAGUUUUUAAACCUCAGGAUCAAGGUAUAUAUAACAAGUGCUAACAAGCUUUAUAAAAAUUUUGUAAACAAUUUCAGGGAAAUCAUAAAGGGGUUUCUUUGCACACUGUAGAAAUUGGAGAUACAGAUGGCCCUUGACUUACGACUAGUCGCUUGAAAUUAUGUCAGAUAUCCCCCCCCCC